AUGCAUAGUGGAAAGACUUUAAUGACCAUUCCCCCCUUCUCCCCUUACAUGCGUGAUGGAACCAAGUAUUCUGAGAAUCCUUGGAGCCCUGAGCACCCUGAUCGCGUGAUGAACAUUUCUUGUGCAGAGAACGUUUAUCUGUGGGACAAGUUCCAGGCCAAGUACCUGAAGUUCUGCACUCUGCACGACGCGGAUAACAUGUACGCCAUCAGCUGUGCUGGUCGUAAGCACAUGCGCCAGGCUCUCGCCAACUUCAUGACGAAGGAAGUGUUCAAGACCCCCAUUUCCUACGACGAGAUCACGGUGUUCGCUGGCUCGGGCGCCUCCAUGGAUGUCCUCGGCUCGACGGUGUUCAACAAGGGCGACGCGUACAUCGUGAUCACCCCCGGCUACGUGAAGUUCGGACGCGACAUGUCUCUGCGUAACGGCGGUGUGAUGUACAUGGCGGACAUCUCCGCGAACAACUACCAGAUCACGGAGGAGAUUCUGGAGAACACUCGCCUGAAGGCGGAGGCGGAGGGCCACCCUGUGAAGAUGCUGGUGGUGACGAACCCCUCGAACCCCACGGGUUACAUCUACUCGGAGGAGGAGCUGCGGAUGAUGCUGAACUGGUCUCGCAAGCACAACCUGCACCUGUUCUCGGACGAGAUCUACGCGCUGUCGGUGAAGCCGGAGUCGCUGUGCACGGAGUCGGACCACCGCUACGUGAGCUACGCGAAGCUGAUCGAGAACGACCCCAAGACGGACGACGUGACGGUGCUGUGGGGCAUGUCGAAGGACUUCGGUCUGUCCGGAUUCCGCGUGUCGCUGCUGUGGACGCGGAACAAGAACAUGCAGCGGUGCUUCGCUGAGCUGGCGCAUUUCUGCGAGGUGUCCUCGGUGUGCCAGACGGUGAUCACGAACAUGCUGAACGACGAGGAGUACAUCAAGGACCACAUCCACACGCUGCGCGAGAGCGUGUGGAAGGGCCGCAUGAUCGCGGAGAACUUCUUCAAGGAGAACAACAUCCCGGUGAUCCACGGCACGGCGGGCUACUUCUGCUGGAUCGAUCUGACGCAGUACAUGAUCGGCGACUCCUUCGAGGCCGAGGAGGAGCUGUACAACUUCAUCUACGAGCACGGCAAGGUGAUCAUCUGCCCGGGCAAGUCCUUCUUCGCGAAGAAGGCGGGCUGGUUCCGCAUGGUCUUCACGUGCUACAGCCACGAGCAUCUCAAGCUGGCGCUGGACCGCCUCAAGAAGGCGCUGGUGGAGAGAAAGCAGGAGAUGGAGAACCCCUCCAAGAGACGACAUUAG